CUGCGCCAUUACAACAGUCACAGCUCACAUCAUUUGCACCGGUACUAGCUUGAUCAUCAUAGCAAUGGCCUCCACCAACAGCUGGACCCAUGAGAUUGAGUCGCCGGUCGCUGCAUCACGCCUCUUUCGUGCCGGCGUCAUGGACUGGCACACCCUGGCCCCCAAGCUCGUGCCACAGAUCGUUGCCAGCGCCCACCCUGUUGAGGGAGAAGGCGGCAUCGGCAGUGUCAGGCAGUUCAACUUCACCUCAGCCAUGCCCUUCAACCUCAUGAAGGAGAGGCUCGAGUUCAUUGACGUGGACAAGUGUGAAUGCAAGUCAGCCCUCAUCGAGGGUGGUGGCAUCGGCACGGCAAUCGAGACGGGCACGUCGCACAUCAAGGUGGAGCCGGCAGCCAACGGCGGGAGCGUGGUGAAGGUGGAAUCGACAUACAAGCUGCUUCCAGGCGUGGAGGUGAACGAUGAGAUCACCAAGGCCAAGGACUCUGUCACGGCCAUCUUCAAGGCCGCCGAGGCCUACCUUAUUGCCAACCCGGAUGCCUACAACUAAAUCAGUUGAGAGGAAUCAUACAUAAUUAUGUUGUCCCUGGUUUGAUUUUUUUGUGCUUUCUUCUUGAACUAAUAAAGCUGCUACAACGGUCCAGCCUCCAAGCACUGAAGCGAGAGCAGUGAGCAGAGUAUGGACUUGAGAAGUUUAAAAGUUGUGUAUUUGUAACUAUCAAAGUUUGCUGUUGUUUGAUGAUGUUGCUGCUUUUUGUACUGGAAUAAAAGGAAGUAUUUGAAAC